AUGUGGUGUAACUGUGUUCCUGUAAACUUUCAGCAAAAUAUUAUUCCUUAUGCUGAAAGAAAAGGUUCCAGUAUUGACUUUCAUCUUCCAAGCCUCUGGUUAGAAGGAAGGGGUCCCUCAUUUCCUGUCUGGGAACAUUCAUCCAGCACCCAGUUUCGAUGCUCCCACCAGUACCCAGUCCCUGCUGAGGAGGGAGCUCUCAGUUUUCUUUGCCCUCCUCUUACCAAGGUCCUCAUAUCCUGUACAACCACCUUCAGUGAGGGAGCCAUGUGUCCAGCAAACAACUGGCACUCAGUAGUUUCAGUCUCCCCCAAUGGGAUCUGGGUUCCCAUAGAAUGUGACCCAUGCAGAUCGCCACAAGCUUUAGGUCACUGA